AAGAGAAUGAGAAUGGUGUCAAAGGUCGUAAAAAGGAUACCGAUGAGCAAGUUGAAGACGAUGAAAGUGAUGUCGUCAGCGAUCAAGAAAAGAUGAUGGAAGAUUUUGACUCUAAAUUGGUGGAAUAUUUUAAACAACAAAAACUUGAAAAAUUAAGGAAAAAAGAUGUUAAAUAUCAAAAGAUACAUUUCAAGUAUAAGAUCAUUGGACUGUUAAGAAUUUUUGCUUAUUCACAACACAAAAAUCCCCUCAUUCUCGAGCUUAUUGUUCCUUUACUUGAGUUAUCCAAAAAUCCAAGAUCUAACGAAAUCUCAGGAACCGCGUCUGCUCUCCUUAAAAAAGUAAUUUCGAACAAGGAAGUACCAACUCAAUUUGAUGAUGACCAUGUGCUUGACUUAAUUCAACAGGUGCACAAUUUAUCCCACAAAGCAAAAGAUGGUGAUUUUGCGAAAACAUGUUGGAAAGCUGGAUUAUACUUAUUUAGAUCUUUAAUCCUGCGUUAUGAAGAAAAAGAAAGAAAAGUGUUGCCGACAAAAUAUUCAAAUCGGUCUAUUGAAAAGGCUGUCAAAAUUUAUGAAAAUUCAUACCAGGGAUGGAUGACAAGAUCCAAUUAUUUGACGAUUACGUCCUUCUCCGAGCUACCCAGUAUUCUUCCGCAAGUUCCGUGGUAUUUAUCCGAUAUAUUCUUUGGAUGUACUGAUCCCGGAACUGCCAAGAAUCCAAAACAAGUGAGGCUCGCAUAUGACAUUUCAAGGUUGAUCUUUAACUAUUUUGUGCCAAAGAAAAAACGGGGAUCUGCUGUUGUGGACAGUGUCAUAAAUAUAAUGAUAGAUAAAAUCAGCGUUUCUCUUGAAAUCACCCUCCAAUUUAUCUCUAGAGGAACUAAAUGCGGUGGGAAACUUUUUCAUUCUGAAAUCCUAGCGUCGAUAAUGAAAGAUGUGAUUUUUGCUAUCAAAAGAAUCAACGAGUACCGUUCAAAGAAGGAGAUAAUAACCUCGUGGAACACGGAGAAUCUUUUCCAAAUCCUUGAAAAAAUCCAGCAACUUCCAAAAUACAAGGCCUCACAAUCUAUUAGAAAUUU